UUGGGCAUCAGUCAGCUCCAGCAAUCCAAUCCAGCAACAUGCAGAAGUCAAGCAUCCUAAUCGUCGCCCUCGUGGCCCUUUCCGCCUUAACAGAGGCAGUUCCUUACGGAAAUGAACGCCGCUUUCCCACGUCCCGCCCCAUUCGAUUCCGCCGCCAGGUGCUUGGAGGAUCCUUGGCCUCCAACCCCGCUGGUGGUGCUGAUGCUCGAUUGGAUCUCUCCAAGGGCAUUGGAAAUCCCAACCACAAUGUGGUGGGUCAGGUUUUCGCAGCUGGUAACACACAAAGCGGCCCGGUUACCUCUGGAGGAACUUCGGCCUACAACAACGCUGGUCACGGUGCCUCCUUAACCAAAACCCACACUCCCGGAGUAAAAGACGUUUUCCAGCAGGAAGCCCAUGCCAAUCUCUUCAACAACGGCAGGCAUAAUCUGGAUGCCAAAGUGUUUGCCUCCCAAAACAAACUGGCCAAUGGCUUCGAGUUCCAGCGUAAUGGAGCCGGUCUGGAUUACUCCCACAUCAAUGGACACGGUGCUUCCUUGACCCACAGCAAUUUCCCAGGAAUCGGCCAGCAACUUGGUCUGGAGGGACGUGGUAAUCUCUGGUCAUCGGCAGAUCGGGCCACCCGCUUGGAUCUGACGGGAUCGGCCAGCAAGUGGACAAGUGGACCAUUUGCCAACCAGAAGACCGACUUUGGAGCUGGUCUGGGUCUCUCCCACCACUUUGGUUAAACUACUUUCUUUGAUAGUUAUAAAAAUUAAAUUAUUUAUAAUAAAUGAAUGACAAUAAAUUAUAUUUUAAAUGCAA